UGACUGCAAAUUGCAGUAUGAACCUGACCAACUUUGAUGUUGUAUGAUAACAUGCAACUCAUAUGAUUUGAUAAUGUGCCUUAUACUGUUACUGUCACGUGAGGUCAAGUACUGAUAGCUCAAAUGUUUAUCUGUUAACGGUACAGACCAAAGUAUUAUAUUAGUUGAUUUAAGCCACAAGCGGGAGAGGUGUACUUUAAUGAGUAUAGAUUUCUAAAGAAUAUUUAUAGUAAAGUGAACAAUAUGGCUACGUUUUCUCGGUCAACUCUGGGUAAAGGCUCUGAUUCAUUUACAGACUUUUGUUGUUCACCGUGUCUAGAGCACAAAGUUGACCAGUGGGCCGAGUUUUACUGUGAUAACUGUCUAAAAUUUUAUUGUGCAAAAUGUAUAAACCUGCAUGGUCAGUGGUUUGGAACACAUGUGACAUAUGGAAGGCGAGACACAAGUAAAUGGCCAGUGUCCAAGGAAGUGGAGGAUUUCAUUCAGAAAUGUGACCUUCAUGAAGACAAACGGCUAGAGAUGUUUUGUAAUGACCACAGUCAGCUGUGCUGUACUAAUUGUGCUUUCGUCAAUCACAGACAAUGUGCUAAAGUAGCACUUAUAUCUGAGUCAGUACAAGGACCUUUGCCAGACUUGCAACAACUAUCAAGAAAUAUUCAAACUGUUCUUGAAGAUCUGGAGAAACUUCAGAAUUAUUGGGAUACGAAUAUGCAGUCUUUGCAGGUUUCAUACAGCAAACAAUUAAAUGAAAUACGGGACACACGCCAGAAAAUAAAUACAAUUUUAGACAACAUUGAACAAAAUACCAUAAAAGAGCUAGAAGAUAAGAUGACAAGUCUGAAAGCUUCGAUCAAGACUAAUGUGGACGAUUGCAGCAAGCUUAAAAAUGAACUGAAACGACUCAGUGACACAAUUCAUGACAUUGUUGAUAAGGGAAAAGCAGAACUCUCGUUUAUGGCAAGUUAGAAAUGUCUGGAAAAAAUUAAUCAGUCUGAAACUUAUCUGACAGAGAGCUUAGUUCAGGUAGAAAGUUCACUGACAUUCCAGGCUGACAGUGAAGUUCAACAGCAAUUGUCUAAAUUGUUAGGUCUGGGCAGGAUUGUGGUAUGUACUCAGGCUGUGCCUCUGCCUGUUGCCUCAAACAAGGUAUUGGCUGUGCAAGGACAGUUUAAGUAUAAUGUGAACAUACCAAGUGAUGCAGAGAAGAGAUUUGUUAUAAUAGCCAUCUGUUGUCUCUUAAAUGAUCAGAUUAUUGUUGCAGAUCAUUAUAAUAAAAGAGUAAAGCUACUUGAUCAUCAAUACCAGGUUGUGGGACAUUGUGAUUUUACUGCGUAUCCAUGGGACAUGUGUCGAAUCACCUCAAGUGAAGUAGCUGUUACUGUAAAUGUAUUUCAGACACAUGAGGUUCAGUUUGUCUCGGUGAAUGAUGGGCAGCUGGUUAAAGGCAGGAAGUUACAGUUUCAACAUAACUGUAAUGGUAUUGCUCAUAAUCUGCAAGACCUGUAUCUGACUUCUAGUACUGCACUUUACAAGUAUUCAAUGAGUGGAGACCUGCUAAGAAAGCUGUAUGAGGAUAAAUCAGGUGGUAGCACAGUAAAUAAGUGUGCAGUGAGUUCGUCAGGUGACAAGAUAUUAGUUACCAACCUUUCCCACAGCAAGGUUCUCACCCUGGACAGAGAUGGCACAGUUCUCCACACCUUUACCGACCGAGACCUGGAAUCCCCAGAAGGUAUACAUAUGACUGCCCUUGGACAGGUGCUGGUCUGUGGAGGGUCAUCCAACACUGUCCUACAGCUUGAUGGUGAAGGCAAGAAGAAGCUGGCAACUCUUGCUACCGGGAGUGAAGUACUUGAUCAACCAAUGUCAGUCUGCUACAACAGGAACACAGCAUCCAUCAUUGUGGCGCAGCCACCAGUGUUACAUCUGUCAAGCCAAGUCACGCAGAUCACAGAGCUGUACCGACACCGUGUUACCCUCAAUGAGGCCGCAAGCUCCAUGUUAAAAUGUAACACGUGCAAUUUGACCUUCAGAGAGCCGCUUGACCUUGAGAAACAUCGGCAGCUGCAUCUCGACCGCAGGGUAUACAAAUGCUGUAUCUGCCAAUACACGUUUUCUGACCUCUACAAUUUCCGGUGUCAUCUGAGAAUACACGACAAGAUUGCCACCUACACCUGUGAUAUGUGUCCCUUUAUGGUGUUUGGAGAGAGGAAGCAGUAUAUCAGCCACCUAGAGGACCAUGAGCUUGCCAAGGACUCGUACAUACCUGGACAUACCCUACGUCUCCCAUGCUUUGUAUGCAAAAAGGAUUUCCCUGACAGGGCUUCGCUGCGCAAACACCAGAACUACUACCACUCAGAGAAGUGCUUCAAGUGCGCGCUGUGCGGGAAAGCCUUCGUCGAGCGGGCAAAGCUACAGCGCCAUCAAAUAACGCAUACAGGCAAGAAAGAGUUCCAGUGUACGUACUGCGAUAAGUCAUUCGGGCUGAAGCACAAUCUCCUGGCGCAUAUGAACAUUCACACAAAGUACAAGCCUUGGGAAUGCAGUAUCUGUAGGCGGAAGUUUGGACAGAAAGUUUGCCUGAACCGGCAUUUAAAAGUGCAUGAGGGGUUCUCGGUGGAAUAUUUGUAAACUGGUUGAGGAAAAAGCGAGUUACAUUGAUUACUUAAUACAGUGAAAAUAAUUCAUAAAUAUCAUUGGGACGUGAUCCUUUUCAACGGACCCUGUUUAGAUAAAGAAAACUGUCAAUAGAAGUUAAGUGAUUUUGGAUUUAAGAUUUACGCCUUGACUGGGUUUUUGUUAAGAAGGGACUUCCUUUAAACAAAUAAUACCAUAAAGCGGAGUGUUGUCCCUAGUUAGCCAGUG